AUGGGUGGUGGUGACGGAUAUCGUUCGGUUGCGUAUUUUGUGAAUUGGGCAAUCUAUGGCCGGAAAUAUACUCCUCAAAUGCUCCCAGCCGACAAGCUCACUCAUGUCCUCUACGCAUUCGCCAACGUCCGCCCGGAAAGCGGAGAAGUCUAUCUCACCGACGGCUGGGCAGACACAGACAUCCAUUUCGACGGCGACUCCUGGAACGACUCCGGCACCAACCUCUACGGCUGCCUCAAACAACUCAACAUCCUAAAACAGCAAAACCGCUCCCUCAAAAUCCUCCUCUCCAUCGGCGGCUGGACCUACUCCUCCAACUUUGCCGUCCCGGCCUCCAGCGUGUCCGGCCGCGAGAAAUUCGCCGCUUCAGCCGUGGAACUCAUCAAGCAUCUGGGUUUCGACGGCCUCGACAUUGAUUGGGAAUACCCCAAGAACCCCUCCGAAGCAUCUGACUUCGUACUACUCCUGAAAGCGUGUCGGGAAGCCAUGGAUGCUUAUUCCGCGACCCUGCCGCACAGGCACCACUUUGAACUAACGGUCGCGUGUCCGGCCGGCGCGCAGAAUUACGAGAAGAUGGAUAUCAGGGCCAUGGACGCGUAUCUUGAUUUCUGGAACUUGAUGGCGUAUGAUUAUGCGGGGUCUUGGGACGUAAAGGCGGGUCAUCAGGCGAACAUCGCACCUAGUAGGCAGUAUCCCGACGCAACGCCGUUUAACAGCCAGAGCGCGGUGGGGUACUACAAGGCGCAAGGCGUCAGGGGUUCGAAGAUCGUGCUCGGGAUGCCGCUGUACGGGCGAGCGUUUUGCGAGACGGAGGGCCUAGGCCGGGCCUUCAGCGGGACUGGGGAGGGAAGUUGGGAGGCUGGGGUGUGGGAUUUCAAGGCGCUGCCGUUGGGUGGGGCGGAGGUUUUUUGGGAUCGCGAGGCUGGCGCUACGUACAGCUAUGAUGCGGGCAAGAGGCAGCUUGUGACGUAUGAUACGGUGGAGAUGGCGCGGGAGAAGACGCGGUGGUUGAAGAGCGAGGGGUUGGGGGGCGCGAUGUGGUGGGAGAGUUCGGGGGAUAGGAGGGGUGAGGGGAGUUUGAUUGAGGCGGUUGUGGAGGAGUUGGGGAGGUUGGAGAAGGGGAAUAAUUGCAUCGAGUAUCCGCACUCCAGGUAUGAGAAUUUGAAGAAUGGGUUGAAGGGUUAG